AUGGUGGAGAAGGCCUUAUGUGACUUAGGGGCCAGUAUCAAUUUGAUGUCUCUAACAAUGAUGAGAAGAAUGAAGAUUGAGGAAGCCAAACCAACAAGAAUGGCCCUCCAAUUGGCAGAUCGAACUUUUAAAUUCCCUCAUGGGAUAGUUGAAGAUUUGUUGGUAAAAGUGGGAGAUUUCAUAUUCCCUGCCGAUUUUGUGGUAUUAGAUAUGGAGGAAGAAGCCGAAGCUUCAAUAAUUCUGGGAAGACCCUUCCUGGCUACUGCUGGAGCCAUCAUAGAUGUACAAAAGGGUGAACUCACUCUUAGACUACAUGAUGAGAAAUUGGUGUUUAACGUAUUCAAAGCAAUGAGCUAUCCAUCAGAAUCACUAAAGGAAUGCAUGAGGGUGGAUGUAGUGGACAUUGCAAUACAAGAAACCUUUGAGGAAACAACAAAGGAAGUGGCAGAGGAGGAGUUCACCAAGGACAUAGAAGUUAGUGACAUCAAGGCUGCUGAAACAACCAUACCAAGCAUGCCAGAGAGAGUGAAAGAAGAGAAGGAAGCACCAAAACCUGAGCUCAAAGCAGUGCCCCCUAAUCUCAAGUAUGCAUACUUAGGUAGUGAUGAGAGUCAUCCUGUUAUCAUUAGCUCUACCCUGAGUCAAGAACAGGAAGAAGAAUUGAUCAAGGGAGCCUAUUUAAAGGCCUUAGUUCCUGCAUUUGAAACGGACUGGAUUGAAGGGGAAUCCAGCCCCUGA